CGCAAGAUGGCGGCGCCCUGAGGAGCUGGAAGUUUGGAGGAGGCACAGAUGAGGGACCCGCUGUGACCUUUCCCCUCCGAUUUCCAGUCACCAGCAAGUAUACCGUAGAGCAGGAUGGCUCAACAAACCAAUGUGUUGGACCAUCUCCAUCUGCUGGAAUCUCCAGACCUGCAGCAACUGGACGACAUCCAUAGGCUUAUAAGAGACCACCUCAAAUCAGAUCGCUCCCCCGUGUUGGUAAAUAACCUAGUGGAACAUUAUCUGGAAACCAACUCAGAGCAAGCAAUGCUAAUCCUAUCCAUGGUUCCAGAACCGCAUGACAAGCACCUUUUGGACAAAAUAAACGAGUAUUUGGGCAAAGCUGCUACUCGUCUGCCCACCUUGGCGCUGCUUGGUCAUGUGAUUCGCCGUCAGCCAUCCUGGAAGCACAAAUUGUCCCAAGCAACCGUCCUGCAGUCCUUGAUAAAGUGUCUGAAGGUGGACACAGAUAUCGUGAUUCUCACCACGGGCGUCCUCGUUCUAAUAACGGUGCUGCCAAUGAUUCCACAAUCCGGGAAACAGUAUCUCCAUGAGUUCUUUGACAUAUACGGACGUCUUUCGGCCUGGUGCCUGAAGAACCCCGGCCACGCGGCAGAGAUUUGCCUGAUCCAUCUCCACGCCAGCGUGUACGCUCUUUUCCACCGGCUUUAUGGGAUGUAUCCGUGCAACUUUGUGUCCUUCCUGCGCUCCCAUUACAGCAUGAAGGAAAACUUGGAGACUUUCGAAGAAAUAGUCAAGCCAAUGAUGGAGCAUGUACGGAUACACCCGGAACUGGUCACUGGCUCCAAAGACCAUGAACUCGAUCCCGGCAGAUGGAAGAGGCUAGAAACCCAUGACAUCGUUGUCGAAUGUGCCAAGAUCUCACUGGACCCGUGCGAGGCGUCCUACGAGGAAGGGUACUCCCCGCAUUCCACCCGCAUCUGGAAGAGACAGCAGGAUUCUGCGUCCAGCCCCUACACCGAAGUUGGUAACAAUUAUGGAAGCAACCCUUCAACACCCUUUGCGUCUGCCAGCCUGUGUACACAGGGCUCGCGGCUUCACCAUAUUGGCACCCACGCCCUCCGAUUGCAAGCCGAGGCGCAGCAGGACUCUAUCUGGAGCCCCUCCAGUGUAUGUGGAAUGACCACCCCACCCAACUCUCCUGUCGCUACUUCUGCCGACGGUUCGCAGGCUCCCUUUCGACCCCCCAGCAAAGCACUCGGCACACCCGGUGCAAAAGGCACUCCUCUGGGAACCCCAGCCACCUCCCCUCCUCCAGUUGGCACCUAUGAUGAUGUUCUGCACAUACAAUCUACUGCAACUCCCCCAAAAAAGUACGUUGACUUUUAUUAUUUUUUUUUUUUUUUGUCAUCACAGAUAGAACCUUUAGAUCAUAAGAGGUCCGUGGGAAACCAGCUGCAAGUCCAAAGAGAAAAGGAUCCAGAAGAAACCCCCAAGACUGUUUCACUCAGCGAGCUUCAAGACCUCAUAGGCUCUUUAGCUGCCGACCACAACAACACAGAAGAAGCUGCCAUAUCCCAGGAGCUAUCUCAGUUCACCACGAUUGAUCACGAGCCAGCUAUUCGACGAGGAGGCUUCGAUUCACCGUUUUGUCCCCCAUGUGACAGCCACCACGGUUCUCAGAAAAAGAUGGCCGCAUGUGGGGUAUCCCACAACUCAGAGCAGUCGGCAACAGACAGGUUCCACAACGGAUCUCAAGACCCCUCCAAGCAGGCGUUCACCCCCAUCGAGCCACCCAACGGCAUGGAGAAUGGUAGCCUCUCAGGGAAACAACAAGCCCCAAACUCUUUGCCCAAUUCCAGGAACAUCUUCACUCCCAGCCCCUGCAAUUCUCAGGCUCACUGUAAGGCGUGCUUCAGUUCAAUCUCCUACGAGCAUCUGUUUGAGCUGGCAUUGCCCAAAACCGCCAACCUGUUCAUUUGUAAGAAGACAGAUGAACUCAGCAAGAAUGUAAAAUGUAGCCCAGAAGAGGCAGAAGAACAGAGGAGCUCAUUGUCCCCUGCGGAGGUGCUUGACCGGCUGAUACAGCUGGGAGCUGAUGCCCAUACCAAAGAGCUGAACAAGUUGCCUUUACCCACCAAAUCAGCUGACUGGACUCAUUUUGGAGGUUCCCCGCCGUCAGAUGAGAUCCAGACGCUUCGAAACCAGCUGGUGCUUCUCCAUAACCAACUCUUGUAUGAGAGGUUCAAAAGACAGCAGCACGCGAUGCGCAAUCGCCGUCUUCUGCGCAAGGUCAUUAAGGUGACAACACUGGAGGAACAGAAUGCUGCUAUGAGGAACCAGUUAAAGAUGCAAGAAUUGGACAUCAAUUCGUUUAAGCAGAGCCUCUUUGCGGAGCAGGCGCGGUACAAGAGACUUCAGGAGGAGCGAGACACUGUGAUCACGCAGCUCCACAGCCAGAUCCGGCAGCUCCAGGACGACCGCGAGGAGUACUACAACCAGAGCCAGGAGCUGCAGACCAAGCUUGAGGACUGCCGCAGUAUGAUUGCAGACCUGAGGUCAGAGCUGAAAUUAGCCAACAACAAGGUGUGCCAUACGGAACUACGGCUCAGCCAGGUGUCUCAGAAGCUCUCCAAUAGCGAGUCUGUCCAGCAUCAGAUGGAGUUCUUAAACAGGCAGCUGUUGAUUCUGGGCGAGGUGAAUGAAUUAUAUGUGGAACAGCUUCAGCAUAAACACACCAACUCAACGAAGGAGGUGGAUAUGCUGCAGGCCUCCUUCCGGAAGGAGCUAGAGAAGGCACGCAGUCAGGUUGCUCAGCAGAGUCAAAGGUUGGAGUUCACCCAGAAACGCAUAGUGGAGCUCGAGGCUCAGCUGGCCAAGAAGGAACUGCUGUUCUUGGAGCAGAAGAAGUUCUUGGAGGACGUCAAAGCAAAAAGCAGAGGUCAGCUACAGGCCGCAGAAAGCAGGUACAGCGCCCAGAAAAGAAUAACGCAGGUCUUUGAAAGGGAAAUCCUUAGUCUGUAUAGCAGGCUCGAGAAGGAAGGUCUUACGAAAAAUCGUCCAGAAGAGAAAGCGGAAACCGCGGAAGCUGCAGAGGAAAGGUGCUAUACCACCAGUGCAAGUGUUCUCGUCCCCGAGGUUGGCAUCCAAGAGGAGGUGAAUGGUGGUAGCAAUGGCAAUAGGUCGCCCGCCCACCGGAUGGUCGCGAGCAGAAGCGGCAGCAGCACCUCCACCCCGGAAAAAGGAGCGAGCUUACUGCUUAACCGCCGAGAAUUCCUGGAGCUUCCUCCCGCCGGCCAUGUGACUAUCGGCUCGUUCCCGAAUGCCAAAAGCAUCCUUGGCAUCAGGACCCGCGAGCUGUUUCGUAAUAAGAGCGAGAGCCAUUGUGAUGAGGAGGGCAUCAGCAGCCUCUCUGACUUCUUGAAGACAGAGUUGUGUCAGGAUCCAAACGCAGAGGACAUCUCCCCCGACACGAGCAACGCGGAAGCGCCAUCUGUGACUGAUAUCCAAACCAUGGACUACGAAUAGACCCGCCGCCGCAGUUAGGAGAUAAGCAAUCAGUGUUACUUUCCUUCUGGCUCCUGGCUUACGGACUUGGUGUCUGAGCCGUCGAUAAACUCUCUUGCUACUUCUGCCGUGCAUCGGUAGCAGGCCUCCUGAACUGGAAAGUAGCAUCGCUAGACUCUGACCUAUAAAUGGAUGUUUUCCUCCGACCCUUCUCUCUUUAAUUUCCAUCAUCUCAGUUUGACUUCAGGUUUCUCUCUUUUUUUGCUUUC